GCGUGGACUACGACUUCGUCAUCGCUUUAUCACACAUUGCCGGCGCUGAUCAUUGGCUCGUCACUCGCGGAUCGGUGCGGACGCGUAGGCUCAUGGGACGGAGUUCAAAGGUCCACCCAGUAUUAAGUAAACUACUCUGCCUCCGUCGUAAUCGGUCUCUGGAACAAUAACGGUCAUUAAAAGAUUUCCUAUCGUUGCGAACUUUCCGCCGCAAAGAUUUCCGCGAUAUCCGGCACGUGCGGAAAGCCGGGAGCUAAUGCCACUUGUUCUGCCAACAGGUGAUGGUGAAUCAUCCAGGCCAUAUCCUAAAUCCGUGUUGUUUUUCCACCUUCCAACCGGUUGCAGGCGAUAAGCUAAAUCAGUGCUUUUUAUUGGGCGAUAUUCCUGGAAUUAAUAUGAAUCAAACCAACUUUAAAUGAAUAAUAACAAACAAGAAAUAAAUGGAAUCAAAUGGAAUAAUACAAUUUAAUAAUUUUAAGUGCAACAUUUACUUAAAAAGGUUAUAAACAAUAAUUAAAAGUGUCGUGGAAAUAUUAAACAACUAAAACAAGUUUUAAUCAAGUAACGUAUGCUGAAAUAGUUCAAAAACUACCAUAUGAUUUCGCCAUGAAGUGAAAAGUAAUCAAGGAAUCUGCUGCUAUAUGUAAAUAUCAUAUUUAAAUAAUAAAUAUUUCAUAGUGAAAGUGAUACAACAAUAUUCUAUGAACGUAUAUUCUAUGAAAGAGCAAAAAUAAAAAACAAAAGUGAUCAAAAUACUAGUAUUAACUUUAUACCAGCUAAAAAAUAACAAUAAAUGUGUCCAUAACUAAGUGAAAAAUAUAACAGAAUAUUAUGUUUAACCCGAAUAAAAUCAAAAUCCUACCAAAGGCAUUCAGCUGACAAUGAGCUCCCUGUAAAGUUCCCAAAGAAAAAUAUUGAAAGUUAUUACAAAUAUUAAAAUAUAAACAAUACAAAUAUCAUCCUCAAGUGUCGCCUCCCUUAAUGGCCAUUCUGCAGAAUCGCCACCAAAUCCUAAACGCAAGCCAAGUCCACCCACAGACCAUACCAUACCGUACUUGGUGCCAACCGAGGGCAGUGGUUAAUGCCAUGCACCAGGAUGUCCGGCGAAAGAGCAUCGGAUGUGGAGAGAGCGAAACCCAACUGGAAGCGAAGGAGAAGAAAGCGGAGGUGGCAGAAGGUAGCUCUCCGGGCAGGCGACGAAGGAGGAGACGCUGCAGUAGCAGCUCCACCAGUGACACUAGUGAAUCCUACUCGGAUUCGUCCACAGACUCGGAUACCAGUUCCUCCGGAUCUUCAACCUCUUCCUCCUCCGCCACUGGCAGCAGCAGAAGUAGAAGGAAGAGAAGUAUACCUUUGCCACCCGCCCUCAACUUGCCAGAGUGCCAACCUCUGGCUCCCAUUGCCACCUCUCCCUCUCACCAACCAGAAGAGGCUCCAGCAAGCAGAAGGGAUUCCCUGGACUCCAAUCGGAGCAUCACGCCCGUCGAAGUGCCUGUGGAUCCGCAUGCCUGGACCGCGGAGGACAUCUCCAGCUGGGUCCGGUGGACAACGCGUAAAUUCAAAUUGGAUCCGGAGCCGGACAUCACCAGGUUCCCCAAGGAUGGCCAGGAACUGUGCGAGCUAACCCGUGCGGAUUUCUGGGUCUGUGCCGGAUCAAGACGCGGCGGGAUGCUCCUGUCUAAGCAUUUCGCGCUGAGCUUGUACCAUGCCACCGGAAGGGAGACGAGUCCCAUGCUGAAUGACAACGAGCCAAAUCCAUAUCAGCUGCUGAAUGCUGCCUCGCACCGAUUGGUCGCCCAGGGCUCCGGGGGCCAGAUUCAGCUAUGGCAGUUUCUGCUGGAGCUGCUCGCCGAUUCGUCCAACGCCGCCUGCAUCAGCUGGGAGGGCCAAUCGGGCGAGUUCCGGCUCAUCGACCCCGACGAGGUGGCCAAGCGCUGGGGCGAGCGCAAGGCCAAGCCCAAUAUGAACUAUGACAAGCUGAGCCGGGCCCUCAGAUACUAUUAUGACAAGAAUAUCAUGACCAAGGUGCAUGGGAAGCGCUAUGCGUACAAGUUCGACUUCCAUGGCUUGAUGGCCGCCUGCCAGGCCCAGGCGCAGGGCGGAGAUCCUGCCGCCAGUAUGUUAGGUUCCUACAAUCACCACAGCGGCGGGGGCGGAGGAAUGCAGGUGGUCCGCCACCCACCGCCGCCGCCGCCGCUGCACCACCCGCACCACCAUCACCCGCAUCAUCAUCAGCACUCGCAUCCGCAUCAUCAGCUGGGGCAGCCUCACUUUCUGCAUCCGCCACACCACACAUCGCCUGCCUCCACCAGCUCCAGUCUGGGCUUCCCCUCGCCCUCGACGGCCUCGUCUCAGCUCUCGCCUGGCCAGGCGCCAAUCGCUAAUGCCGCCUCCACCUCAACAUCGAAUUUCCCAGCUUCAUUCCAAGGCGGGACAGCUGGAGCUGGAGACCCUGCCAGGACACAGGACAGCACCACCCCAAAUGCAUUUAAUUGAGCCCGCAGAGCAACCCCAAUUUGUUGCCGUUGGUCGUUCAGGAAAGGAGGAGGAGUUGCUGGAGCUGCGCACAGGACCACCCAUUGCGCAGAGAGAGAGUAAGUGCGAGCGAGCCACACAUCCUCGGACGAAGGGUCAGCCGGCACUAAAAAAGGUCGUUUCGCAUAAUUCCAGCCACUUUGGGUUAAUUGUGGGGUUAAUAAGUGUGAUAACCU